AUGCUGCGUCGCUGCUUCCCACUGCGCGGCAUUGAGCGCACUGUGACGAAAGGCAACUAUGUGCUCUCUCACCUGUCCAACGGUCUGCGUGUGCUGACGUGCGACGACGGCAACGGCAUCACCGGCAUGGGGCUCUUCAUGUUGAACGGGACUAAGUUCGAGGACGAGACCAGCGCCGGUGCUGCUGCUGUGUUUGAGUCCCUGCCGAUGCGCAGCAACCAGAUUUACACGGGCCGCGAGAUGAGUCGGGCCAUCGGCGCCCUCGGCAACGCCUUCAAGGUAACUAACAACAAGGAGGCUCUAUCCGUCAUGCUCAUGGUGCCGCGCUACCACCAGAAGGACGGACUAGAGCUGCUCAACGCCAUGUGCUUGCACCCAACGCAGGACGAGGAGGAGUUCCAAAUCGCAAAGGAGAAAACACAUGAGCGGGCGCUCUUGUACAGCCGCGACGCGACGAGCAUGUGCCUUGAGCUGGUGCACGAGGCAGGGUGGAACGGCAAAGGCCUCGGCCGUCCCGUCAACCCGACGAAGGACGACCUCGAAAAACUUACGCUGGAGAAAUUCAGCGCUUUCCACCGCGCCUGCACACGGCCGGAGCGCACAGUGCUCGCCGCCACUGGCGUCGCAGACCACCAGCACUUUGCCACGGAGGCGGAGCGUAUUCUGCAAUUCAACAGCAAGGCAGUGACACAGAGUUCGCCUGGCCGCCACCCUUACACCGGCGGCAGCAGACUGGUGCAGCAGACGGAGGCACCAGAGAGCAUGAACAAGUUCCAGGAGAAGGACCUUAGUCACGUGGCGCUAUUCUACCAAGGCGUCCCGAUCAACCACCCGGAUUACUACACCAUAAGCGUGAUUCAGACACUCCUUGGCGGCGGUACGUCCUUCAGCUCCGGUGGCCCAGGGAAAGGCAUGCAGACGAAACUCUUUCGCGAGGUACUCAGCAGGGAAGGUUUUCUGCACGGUCUGGAGUGCAUCACGGCAUGGUAUAGUGACGGUGGCUUGAUCGGGCUGUACGGCAGUGCGCCGCAUGAGUCCGUGUACGCACUGCUGAAGGUGAUGAUUUAUCAAGCCGCCUCCAUCUGUCAACGCGUGAGCCCCGCACACCUUGAGAUGGCGAAGAACCAGCUGCGGUCGCAGCUUAUCCUCCUCGGCGAGGGGCGUGAGCAACUGCUCUCCGAUAUGGGAUUUAACAUGGUGGUACACGAUCACAUCAUCACAGCCGAGGAGACAGCGGAGGGAACGCGGCACAUCACACUCGACGGGUUGCAGCGGGUCUGCGCGGAAAUGAUACGCAAGCCGAUAACCUUUGCCGUCUAUGGCGAGACGUCGAGGAUGCCGUCACACACUAAGCUUGUGGAAGUCUUGCAAAACACAUACGAAAAGAUGAACUGA